AUGAAGAAACAUUUUCGAGUGAAACACCAGAAAGUUAAGUUGUUCAGAGCCAACGAACCGUUCCUGAGUGUUUUUAUGUGGGGUAUCAACCAUACAGUAAAUGUAUAUUUUUUCAGAUUAAUGAACUUAAUGCAUGUUACAAUUCCGGUGAUGCUUCUGCCAGACGAUUUCAGAGCGUAUUCUAAAAUAAAGAUUGACAACCACCUAUUCAAUAAGGAGAAUCUACCGUCACACUUCAAAGUAAAAGAAUACUGCCCUAUGGUAUUUCGGAAUAUCCGAGAAAGGUUUGGCAUAGAUGAUCUGGAUUAUAAAGAAUCACUAACAAGGUCUCAACCACUGCCCGACGAUUCAGCUGGCAAAAGUGGGGCAAAAUUCUACCAAAGCUACGACAAAAUUUUUAUUAUAAAAACUCUUACAUCGGAAGAAGUGGAACGAAUGCACAGCUUCCUAAAGCAUUAUCACCCGUAUAUCGUUGAAAGACAUGGCAAAACAUUGUUGCCACAGUAUCUAGGCAUGUACAGGCUGACGGUUGACAACGGGGAACACUACAUUGUUGUCAUGCGUAACGUUUUUUCCAAUCACUUAGGGAUUCACCGAAAAUUCGAUUUGAAAGGCUCCACUGUCGACAGAGAAGCUUCAGAAAAAGAAAGAGAGAAAGACUUACCCACAUUGAAAGACAAUGAUUUUGUUAAUGAGCAAAUGAAGGUCUUUAUAGGGGAAGAGGCCAGGUCUAAACUGAUGGAAACAUUGACAGCCGAUGUCGAUUUCCUAACCAGAUUACAUCUGAUGGACUACAGUCUGUUGCUUGGUAUCCACGAAGUAGAGCGAGGCGAGCAAGAACUGCAAAGACAACGCGAACUUGAAGCGGAGAAUCCACAGGAUUCAGACGAGAGUGAAUCCGGAUCCGGCUUGGAGAACAGAGGCCAGAUCGGAUUCAAUACCCCUCCGGAUUCGCCCAACGCCUUGCCUCAAUAUUUGAGGGAACAGAGCAGCCUACAGUAUGAAGGUGGUAUAAUCCCCGAGCUAGACAUAUACGCCAUUCCGUCUUGCGAGACUGCUCCCGUCAAAGAGAUAUACUUCGUUGCCAUCAUAGACGUGCUGACGCAUUACGGUGUGAAAAAACAGGCCGCCAAAGCCGCCAAAACUGUCAAAUACGGAUCCAACGUCGACGGGAUCAGUACUUGCGAUCCCGAGCAGUACGCCAGAAGAUUUAUCGAUUUCAUGAGCAAAUCCAUAGAGUAGAGAAGAGGGAUAUAAUUCUUUUUGGGGCAAUAAUUUCGGUUGUUUUAGUUUGUUUAAGUUUCUGGACCGUUUGAUCGAAAAAAGGCGUCACAGACAGCUGGGGAACGAUGAUUAUGAUAAUUUUGGAGAGUACUACGGGCCAGGUAAAUGACGUCUAUACAGGGUUGUUCCCAAAAUUUUACUACCCUGUAUCUAAAAAGUUAAGAUGUUUAGGACAUAUAUUCAUAUGAAGUUUUUUUCUUAGAAUAGGUCCAAAAAUCACCACCUUAAAUAUUAGUAUGUCAUUAAGGAACAACCUGUAUAGGGCUUGACCUCGCCAAAAUUAUUUUCGAUUGUCAGCCGUCUUUGACGCCUUUUUUUCGAUCGUAUGUUAUAAAACGGUGUACUACUCCAAGCAACCUAUCUUUAUUAAGGGGUUUGGUUUAAACUGCAACAAGAAAAUACAGGACGGUUUCUAUUUAUUAAUAUACAGGGUGUCCCAAUAGAAGAAUACACGCUACGGGGUGUAUCUCGUAAACCAGGAGAGAUACAGGGAUGAUUCAAAUAGAUAAAAGUUGUGUCGUUUUGAAUUCUACAAAGUGAUAGUUUCGAAUCUAAAAAAAUCCGGAUAUUUUCGGAGAAACCCCGAUUUUUUUCUAAAGAUUUAUUUUUUAUUUUUUCCUGAAUAUAUUUAAAAAGAUACUACAAUAAAUAUUUUACGUUCUUUUGUUAUUUUUGCAGCUCUACAAGCGGGUGUUGUCAUAUUUUUAAUCGGAUAUUAUUAUUAUACAUUUUUUGGGGGUUUGGGGGGUAAGUGUAAUACAUCGUUGUAUUUGGAAGGUUCUAGGCUUCGAAAAAAUCGAAUAAAAAAUGCAGGUCCGUAUUUGAAAAAAUAGAGUUGAUGAUGAUAUUUCGGGAACGAAACGUCCGAUUGGAAAUCUGGCAACACCGUCUUGUAGAGCGGCGAAAAUUGCAAUAGGAAUGUGAAGUUUGUAUUGUCGUAUAUUUUCAAAUUGAGUGAGAAAAAAAAUAAAUAAAAAAAAUCG